ACUCAUCAAAUCUUUCUCAACCUAUCAAUAGUCAAGAAGAGGAGGUUGUGUGUGUCUUUGAUCAGAAAGAAAGAAAAAAGAAGUAAAUAGCAAAUGGCAUCAACUGCAUGCUUCUUGCACCACCAUGCAGCUCUCUCCACCUCAGCAAGAACCACUUCUAACCGCUACUCUCCCUCUCUGAAGCCAGCCCAGCAGCUGGUCUGCAGAGCCCAGAAGCAGCCUGAGAAUCAAGAAUCCGACUCCGGCGCCGCCGUCUCAAGGAGGUUGGCCCUCACCGUCCUCAUUGGGGCUGCUGCUGUUGCCACCAAGGUCUCACCUGCUGAGGCUGUUUAUGGAGAAGCCGCGAACGUGUUUGGCAAGGCGAAGUCAAACACAGAUUUCAAACCCUACACCGGAAACGGAUUCAAGGUGUUAGUCCCUGCAAAGUGGAACCCUAGCAGCGAGAUCGAGUUCCCGGGCACAGUCCUCAGGUACGAGGACAACUUCGACAUCAGCAGCAACCUCACCGUCACCAUCAACCCGACGGACAAGAAAACCAUCACCGACUACGGCACCCCUGAGGAUUUCCUAUCUCAAGUUGACUACUUGUUGGGGAAGCAGGCCUACUUUGGCAAAACUGACUCUGAGGGUGGAUUCGACUCCGGGGCUGUGGCGACCGCCAACUUGCUGGAGACUGCGACUCCGGUGGUGGAUGGAACCAAGUACUACUUCUUGUCUGUGCUGACUAGGACUGCUGACGGAGACGAGGGGGGCAAGCACCAGCUGAUCACGGCCACUGUCAAGGACGGGAAGCUCUACAUCUGCAAGGCUCAAGCUGGGGACAAGAGAUGGUUCAAGGGUGCAAAGAAGUUUGUGGAGAGUGCAGCAACUUCUUUCAGUGUUGCUUGAUUGAUUCUAUAUUUUGUAUCUAAUGCCACACUUGAUAAACUGUAUGAUAGUUUGAUCUCCAUCAAGUAUUUUGUUUAAGGUUUCUUGCAA